AUGGCAGAGAUUUGCGAUCUCCGUGCUGCCAAUAUAGCGUCAUCCGAGGAAAGUUUGUACGUGAUCAAGAUAGACGAAUACUCCAGGAUCAAGCGGCAAACCGAGCGUGGAAAAUACGUGAAAUCGACCCCUUUCAGUGUUGGAGGUCACGACUGGGUUGUGUGGUAUUUCCCGAACGGUUGCCACACCGAAAAGUACGAAGCCGGUUUCAUAUCUGUUUUUCUAGCUCUUGAUUCCGCUGCGUCGAAGAAUGUGAGGGCCAAUGUUGGAUUUAGUCUGUUUCCUGUUGGCAAGGAGGGGGAACCAGUGGGGUCAUAUAACAAGACCACCGAACAUAUCUUCCCUAGCAAAGGUUCAGACUGGGGUUUCCCUAACUUUAUCAAGAAGGCAGAUCUUGAGGGAUCAGUGUAUCUAAGGAAAGACAGACUCAGAAUCAUGUGCGAUGUUACUGUCGUGAAGUAUGGCCACAAUGCUAAUCGGCUUAGCUUGGUUCCUCCAAGCAACUUGCAUCAGCAUCUCGGCGACCUCCUAAAGAGCAUGGAUGGAGCGGACGUCACCUUUCAUGUUGGCGGGGAGAGUUUCUUGUCUCAUAGGUCCAUUCUCGCCGCUCGGUCGUCUGUCUUCAGAGCGGAGCUCUUCGGUGCUAUGAAGGAGGACGCCGGUCGCCCAAUUGAAAUCAGUGAUAUGGAACCUGAUGUAUUCAGAUCGUUGCUUCACUUCAUAUACACCGACUCACCACCCAUUCGUAUGAUGACCAAUGGAGGUCAAGCACGUAGAGAUGUGGCGAUGGCUGGCCAUCUUCUUGUUGCAGCUGACAGGUAUAACAUUGAGAGGCUGAAGCUGAUUUGUGAAGAGAAGUUAUGCAAGCUCAUCGACUCCGACAUCGUGGCGACCAGUCUGGCUCUAGCUGAGCAGCACAACUCCCGCAGACUCAAGGAAGCUUGCUUUCAGUUCCUCAUUUCUCUUUCCAAUUUGGAGGCGAUGAUGGCAAGUGAUGGUUACGAGCAUCUGAAGAAUAGGACGACAAGAAUGUCAGAGCGUCACGAUCUUGCUGCUGCCAUUGUAGGGGGAUCGGAGCAAAGGUCAUGUGUGAUCAAGAUAGACAGCUACUCAAGAAUCAUGGGGAUGGAGCGUGGCAAGUGCGUGCAAUCUGUCCCAUUCAGCGUUGGGGGUCACGACUGGGUUCUCCGGUACUACCCAAACGGCUGCGACAGCAAACAUUAUGAAGCCGGUUCCAUAUCUGUUUUCCUAGCUCUUGAUUCUGAUUCCUCCAAGGAUGUGAGGGCAAAAUUUAGAUUCGCUUUGCUCGACAAGGACGGGGAACCAGUGCGUUCAAAAGGCAAGACCGCCCGCGAACGCAUCUUCUCUAGCAAAGGUUCUGAUAAAGGUUUCAGUAAUUUUAUCAAGAAAUAUUUUCUUGAGAAUUCAGGGCAUAUAAGAAACGACAGUUUCAACAUCCAGUGCGAUGUUACCGUCAUGAAGUCUACCCGCAAAGGUAGUCGGUUUAGCUUGGUUCCUCCAAGCAACUUGCGUCAACAACUUGGUGACCUAGUGAAGAGCAUGGAUGGAGCCGACGUGACCUUUCAUGUCGGCGGGGAGAGUUUCUUGGCUCAUAGGGCCGUGCUCGCCGCUCGGCCAUCCGUGUUCAGGGCGGAGCUCUUUGGCGGCAUGAAGGAGAAUGCCGGCGGUCCAAUUGAAAUUUGUGAUAUGGAAAGUGACGUGUUCAAGGCCUUGCGCCACUUCAUAUACACAGACUGA